GGGGAGCAGCCCCCUAUGGCGGCGGGGGCGGCCCCACUAGCAGCAGCCGGACCCGGGGCCCGCCGCCCCUACCUGAAUGAAGGCGUUGGCCUGGAUGCAUUUGGCGUUCUCCACUGUCACCCGGAGGCCAUUGGCCGUGGCGAAGCAGGUGGCGUGGUCCUGGAAGUGCACGGCCCUGAGGAGGCUGGAGAGGUGGCGGGCGUUGUCCAGGCUGGCGGCCAGCACAUAAGGCUCGCCGCUGCCCGGCGGCUGCGUGGAGAGCGGCAUGGCGGACACACCGCUUCCGGGACAGGCCGGAAGUUCUCGCGGGCAGGCGGGCGGAAGAGGAAGCGGCGGCGGGCACGGCGUGGUGCGCACAAGAUGGCGGUGGCCAAGAGGAAGCGUGAGGCACCAGCUGUGCGGCCUACGAAGCGGGCCAAGAGGGCCCCCGGCGCGGCUCAGGCGGGCCCCGAGGCGUGCCCCGAGGGAGCGGGACCGGAGGAGUACAGAAUCCCGCCGCCGGUGUCCCAGGGUAAAUGGAAAAACAAGGAGCGAGUGCUUAUUUUCUCUUCUCGUGGAAUUAAUUUCAGAACAAGGCACCUCAUGCAAGACUUACGAACGUUGAUGCCUCACUCUAAAGCAGAUACUAAAAUGGACCGCAAAGACCAGUUGUUUGUAAUUAAUGAGGUGUGUGAAAUGAAAAACUGCAAUAAGUGCAUCUUUUUUGAAGCCAAAAAGAAACAGGAUCUCUAUAUGUGGCUUUCAAAUACACCACAGGGACCAUCAGCUAAAUUCCUAGUGCAGAACGUUCACACACUGGCUGAAUUGAAGAUGACAGGAAACUGCCUAAGGGGCUCACGGCCCCUUUUGUCCUUUGAUCCAACAUUUGAUAAGGAGCCACACUAUGCCCUGCUAAAAGAAUUGUUUAUUCAGAUAUUUAGUACACCACAGUAUCACCCCAAAAGCCAGCCUUUUGUAGAUCAUGUUUUCACCUUCACCGUUACAGAUGAGAGGAUCUGGUUUCGGAAUUACCAGAUAAUAGAAGAAGAUGCAUCUCUAGUAGAAAUUGGGCCUCGUUUUGUCCUGAACCUGAUAAAAAUCUUCCAAGGUAGUUUUGGGGGACCAACUCUGUAUGAAAAUCCCCAUUACCGGUCCCCUAAUAUGCAUCGACGGCUGCUAAGAUUGUCAGUGGCAGCUAAGUUUAGAGAGAAACAGCAAGUGAAGGAAGUACAAAAGAUUAAGAAAAAAGGGAGUAAGAUGCUUAUGGAAGAAGAUCCCACUGAAGUGGUCUUUGAAACUCCAGUGGAAGAAAAGCCAGUGGAAAUACAGCUCGUGAAACCAGAGUCAAAGCCAAUUGUUAAAGACAAAAAGAAGCCACGCAAAAUUCAGAGGAAGAAGCAAAAGAAGCUUUUCAGAACUGAAACAUCAGCAUAAAUGUUACAAGUGAUGAAACUAGCUAUAUUGACAUAACAUUGUAAAUACUUCUUCCAGGCAAAACUAACUGGACUUCAGUAAACAAAAUACCAAUUUCUUUGUUAGAA